GAAAUUAAAAAAAAAAAAAAAAACGAAACCUUCAUGAAAUUUUCUAUUUUCUAUGUCCUCUUUGGCUCUUUCUUGCAUUUCCUUCUUCUCCGUACGCAGCACUGAUUAAAUUAUUUUUCUUUUAAAUUGUUUUUUAACAUCACAACUUUCCUUUUUUUCUAAACCCUAUUUCACGUUCAGCCACCCCCUUCCUCCCAUUAUCAGCCCCGCCGCUCGCCGCCCGUCGCACCCCACACGCCGUCUCAGCAGCUGCCGCUGUCUCAGCCUUCCCACGAAAUCGCAGCCGCUCCCUCCCUCUCACACUCUCUCGACUCCGAGCAAUCAGAGUUACUUAUCACCGUUUAUUAUUUGUCACAUACACAUUGGUUCACCGCGCUAGUGAGAUCGCGCCGCCGCUACUUCUUUUUCAGAUCCCAAGAGGUAGGGCUAAGGUUUAUAUUCAGGAAACCCAAAGAUGCAGCAACCACCGCAAAUGAUGCCCAUGAUGCCUUCAUUUCCUCCCACCAAUAUCACCACCGAGCAGAUUCAAAAGUAUCUUGAUGAGAACAAAAAGUUGAUAUUGGCCAUACUGGACAACCAAAAUCUGGGGAAACUAGCUGAAUGUGCUCAGUACCAAGCUCAACUUCAGAAGAAUUUGAUGUAUUUAGCUGCAAUUGCUGAUGCGCAGCCACAGGCACCAGCUAUGCCUCCACAGAUGGCCCCACAUCCUGCCAUGCAGCAAGGGGGUUAUUAUAUGCAGCACCCUCAGGCAGCUAUUAUGGCUCAGCAAUCGGGACUUUUCCCUCCAAAAGUUCCAUUGCAGUUCGGCAACCCCCAUCAAUUACAAGAUCCACAGCAGCAACUACACCAACAACACCAGCAAGCAAUGCAAGGGCAAAUGGGACUAAGACCUAUUGGUGGGGCUAACAAUGGCAUGCAUCACCCACAUCAUACUGAGAGUACCCUUGUGGGUGCUACUGCUGGAGGCCCUCCUCGAGGUUCAGGGCAAACUGAUGGUCGUGGAGGUGGCAAACAGGACUCUGCUGAUGUGGGAGGUGCAGGUGCUGAUGGUCAGGGGAGCUCAGCUGGUGGUCGGGGCGGUGGUGGUGAUGGUGAGGAAGCUAAGUAACAUAGCCUUAUGGCUGGUUCCACAUCCAUGUGUGGCUUGUUAAUAGUAGGUGCUUGGUACGGUAGAGCUUCCAUGCUGUGGUGAUAUUAGUAGAUUGAGUAAAGAAACCAAAGUUCUCUCAAUUGUUUUAGUUUAAGCAGAAUAUCUAGGUAAGUUGUGUAUGUGUUGUAAGAGUCUUGGUAUGCAGUUAAAUUCCAUGCUUGACAAUAUUAGGCAGACGGAGUUUGAAGAGAGUUAGUAGUAGACUGGUCUCGAUCGAUCAGUACUUUCACUUUUAUCUCAUUUUGUAAACAACUUGCGAAAGAUCAGUAGGAUUAGUUAUAAUAUAAUUCUACUGAAUGGUUUCUAGCAGUCGGUUCUAUAACUGACCUCAAACUUUUGAAUGCAAAGGAAAAUUACCAACAA